AUGGCGAGCUCCUCUUCCUCCGGGUCAAGCCUCCAAGCUUUUGAGUCUUUACUCUCUACGACCAUUCUCGCUCCGAGACUUUCCGGCUCUAAAGUUCAAGAACUGACCAAACUCUCAAAUCAGCUCGCAAAUCAAGACUCACAAUUGGUCACAGCUUUCUACAAAUUGAACAAGGGUUUACCUCCUUGUUCACAAGCUCGAAUCUCAAGUCUUUAUGUGUUUGACGCUAUCGCCCGUGAGGCACGCAAGAAUGUUGACAAGGCUGGAAAGGGACGUCCGGUUGGAUUGUUGGUCAAAAUGGAAGGCGUUGUGGAUAGUUGGGUAGAGGGAAUGUUACAAGAUGGAAAAGGGGGAGUAUGGGCGGAAGGUCGAGAAAAGACUCGAAAGAUAAUCGAUAUCUGGAGCAAAACCACUACUUUUCCUCAACCGACUUUGGAAAGAUUAUCAGUCAAGAUACUCAAAGCUCAACCUAGAUCAACCACCCCUAAUUACCCUCCACCUCCACCCAUGUCACCCGCCUUACCCCCGUUACCGCCUUUGGAAGGAAACACAGGUACAGAAAAUGGUACAGGUCAAGGGGACAUAAUUGGUGCAGAUACAAAAUCACCAAACACAAAACCCGGGUCUUUACCACCUGAAAUCCGGAAAUUAUUAGGGAUAUCAGAACCGGUUCCUGAUUCUACACAACAACCUUCCGGGAAAACAGUAGACAUAGCUACUUUACUCGCAAAUGUCGGAAACCUCCCUGAUUCUGUCCUUUCUCCCGAUCCGACCCCCAUCAUCGCUUCUCAUCAACCAUCACUCGUUCCUCCAAAUCGACCUCCUACCUCCUCGGUAAACCAGAAUGCCUCCAAUAGAGAAAUACCACCAUCUCACAUAACCGGAUUGACAGGUCUUAACCUCGAUCCUGCCCAAUUAGCAGAAUUAUCAAAAUUAGCUUCUACUUCUUUCCCUACUCGUCCACCUUUACCUCCACACAACCACGUUCCUCCCUCUGGUCAUGUUUCUGGUCCUCCGUCUUUCUCUGGUGCUCCAGAGAAUGGAUUACCUCCAAACCCGAUUCGGUAUAGUUUACAAAAUCCUAUUAACAACCCACCUUUUCCAGGAUCACCCCCUAGGUCAUUCCCGCCACAUCAUUCACCUCCUUCUCAUUUCCCUGGUUUACCUGGAAAUUUAGGUAUACCAAGUCAAAAUUCCCCUUCUAAAUUCGGUCCAUCUCAUUCGGUUGGGAAUCCUCCUUUUUCUCCACCGAGGAAUAUGUAUCCUACUCGGUUUCCUGAAGGUCUUACUUCCCGAUCACCACCGAGAUGGGAAAGAGAUGGUCGUGGGAUGACAAGACAGAGAGACGAGUUUUCUUUACCUCCACAUGAGAGGAACCAGGGGGUCUCACAUGGGAGAAAUCAAAGACCUCCACCACCUCGGGAUAGAAGAGGUAAAGAUUUUCCUAGAGAACGUGGGAGUGGAUGGGGAGAGAGGGGAAGAGGAAGAGGUGGUGGUGGUGGUGGUCAGAGACAUGGAAGAGAUAGCCGGGAUAUCUCUUCUUCGGGAGGAUUGAGAAGUCCUAGUCCUGAUCGUUUACGAUCAGAAUUCCGAACAACGGAAUAUCCUGACUCCCUGGGAGAUGAAGGAAGGGUAAUUGAUACGGUGAGUAGAGAAGGAAGAGUUGGGAGAGUGGUACCUAUCGUCCAAGAAGGAAAAGAUGAGUUCGGAAGAGAUUUACCAACUCCUCAAAUGGACGAUAAAGAAAAGAAUGAACAGAAAGAGGAAGAAGGUGGAGAGGAAGAUAUGGCUUUAGAUGAUGAAGAUGAAGAUGUUACACCAAGAAAUAUAAUGAAUCAUCAAGUGAACACUCCCAAUGCGUCUUUACGGAAAAGUGUAGAGGAUGAAAGAAGAUUUAAUUCCGAAGGUAAUCAAGAUCACUCUGGAGUAAAUAAACAGAGAGAAGAUUGGGGAGAACAAGGUCAAAAUGAAUGGAAUGGACAAAUUGGACGACAAGAAUGGACCACACAACCUCCUGUCGACAGUCAAGAUGUACAAAACCAAUGGAUCGAACAAAGUGAUCAAAGUGGAGCAAACCCAUUUCAAGAAUCUUACCCUGCUGCUGCUGUCUCUGCGAUGAACGGAAUGAGUGGAUCAGAAAAGUUUGACUUCGAUUUCUCAACAUUUAAUCCUGCUUCACCUGAUUCGUGGAUCGCUUUAGGUAUAGCUUUCGAACGUACUACAGGUAGACAACCUGAUCAAUUAGAAUUGAUGCAGGUCUUAUCGGGAGAUAUGUCCGUAUUAGGAUCAGGAGGGAUGAAUAUGAGUGGAUCGAUGGGAUGAGGUAGUAUAGGUUGUACAUUUCAACUGGUAGGCUCAGCUUAAGGGAGGAUUUAUUUGUGGAUGAUGGAUGAAGAUGAUAUUCUCUCAUGUUAGUACAUACAUGCAUUCAUGUUUUGUC